AUGCCUCCGUCUGAAGCAACCAUCCUCAGCUCAUUUCUGCUCUCCAAAUCCUCGCUUCAAGAUGUUGUUACCCUUCAGCAGUUCACACAGUUCUUUCCGCAAGCCAAACGGAAUUCUCCCUUGAUCAAGCAUAUAUACAAUGACAUUCAACAACGACGAACACAUACAACCGACCAAAUACGAAGGAACAUCCAAGUGGAAGCUAAAGUCGGUACGAAAAGGCUUCUGGCAGCACGGAGAAAGGCAGAAAAAUCCAGGAGAAAGGACGUGGAUAGAGACGAGGUGAUGGUAGGCGACGAGUUGUACGCUGCGGGCCAGAAGCAAGUGGAUCUGCGGGAAAUCGUCGCGAGAAUGGAGGUUGCAGAGGAUUUGCUUAAGACGGAGCUGGAGGGACUGCAUGAAGAAACAGACAGGGUUCUGGAGGAGAUGAAAGACAUCGGCGGAGGACUGAGUGAUCUGAGGUAUGGCAAACUGCCUGGGGAAGGGCUGGAGGAUGAUCUUGUUGCUUGCCUCAAGGUCUUGACGGACCUCUGUGAAAGAACGAUGACCACAGAGAGGUAG